AUGUUAUUGUUUUCGGAAACCUGGAACCCCAAACACAUAGCCAUAUCGCCUUUGGUCAGCUCGACUGGUAUUGUUGAAUUCAGUUUCAUUUUCAUCUUCAAGAUUCCAAAUUCUCUCCUCAUUUCCGACGGUCAAAAAUUGGUUCUCAUUGUUUCUGUUGAGAUCACCAAAGGACCAAAUAUCCUUUUCCACCCAGGCAGACAGGACAAAGAUGAUGCUCACAUGUCUUUUAAUGAGGUUAUCUACCAUGGGAUUCCAAAUGGAAGGUCAACGAAGCUUUUCCUCAUGGGGACAAAUUCAAAAGUAAAUGUUGUGCUUUGUGAUGAUGUUGAAACUGUAAGGAAAGGCUAUGGCAAAUCCUUUCCCCCUUUCCCAAAAGAUAUAUGUCCCUCCUACUUACCAAAAAACAACUCCAAAUGUAUGAAGAGAUGCAGGAAACCAUACAAGCUGAAGCAUAAAAACGGAAGAUAA